AUGAAUCAACCUCCAAGAAAACCUUUGAUGGUCCGUAUGCUACAUAAUACAUCCGGCCGUCAAAACUUCCGACAUGUACGACCUGCUUACAACAACCCAUCGUGUCAAAAUGCGCCCACUAAUCCAACAGAUGUCAUCCAACAACAAACUGAUGACGCAAUUAAAACUGCAACUGAAAACAACUCCACCGACAACAAGACCACUCAGUAG